ACGACGACCAAAUCGCGUGCGUGCAGGCCGCGGAAAGUAGACAGAACGUGUAAAAAAGCUGUCUCGUCUCCUCCUCCCGCGGUCGUGUCUCUUCCUCCUCGCUCAGAUCUUGCAGAGGAGCGAGCAAGAAGCUCGGAAGCUCGGAGUGCGUAGGGUGAACCAUGGGGCUCCUGGGCGCGGAGCCGCCGGGUCCCAACGGCGGCAGGUUGCCGGGAUUCCUGGGCCGGCAGAACAAGUAUGUGCGCAUGGACGACGGCGUCGUGCCUCCGCCGGAGGAGCACGAGGGCGGCGAGGCCGUUCGUGCCGGCCGGAGCCGCAGCAGCACGAGAUACGUCUUCGCCUGUUCCGUCUUCGCCUCCCUCAACUCCGUGCUCCUCGGCUACGAUGUGGGAGUAAUGAGUGGGUGCAUUUUGUUCAUCCAGAGGGACCUGCACAUCACUGAGGUGCAGCAGGAGGUGCUCGUCGGCUGCCUCAGCUUCGUCUCCCUCCUCGGCAGCCUCGCCGGCGGCCGCACCUCCGACGCCGUGGGCCGCAAGCGCACCAUCGGCCUCGCCGCGGUCGUCUUCCAGGCGGGCGCCGUCGUGAUGACCCUGGCGCCCUCCUUCCGCGUCCUCAUGGCCGGCAGGCUGCUCGCCGGGGUCGGCAUCGGCUUCGGCGUCAUGAUCGCGCCCGUCUACAUCGCCGAGAUCUCCCCUGCGGCGUCCCGCGGCUCCUUCACCUCCUUCCCGGAGAUCUUCAUCAACCUCGGUAUCCUCCUCGGGUACAUCUCCAACUACGUCUUCUCGGGACUGCCCGACCACAUCAACUGGCGCGUCAUGCUCGCCGUGGGCAUCGUCCCGUCCGUGUCCAUCGUCUUCGCGCUCCUCGUGAUCCCGGAGUCGCCGCGGUGGCUCGUCGUGCAGGGCAGGGCCGCCGAGGCGCGCGCGGUGCUUCUCAGGGUGACCGACAGCGACGAGGAGGCCGACGAGAGGCUCGCGGAGAUCGAGGCGGCCGCGGCCGGCGCGGCGAGCUCGGGCGAGACGGUGUGGCGGGAGCUCUCGAGGCCGUCGCCGACGAUCCGCCGCAUGCUCGUCACGGGGCUGGGCAUCCAGUGCUUCCAGCAGAUCACGGGCAUCGACGCGCUGGUGUACUACAGCCCGACCAUCUUCCGGGACGCGGGCGUCAGCACCGAGAGCCAGCUCCUUCUGGCCACGGUCGCCGUCGGGUUCUUCAAGACGGCGUUCAUCGCGCUCGCCAUCGUGCUCAUCGACCGCGUCGGCCGGAAGCCGCUGCUGUACGUGAGCACGGUCGGCAUGACCGUCUGCCUGGUGCUCCUGGCGGCCACGCUCUGGCUGCUCGCGCACGGGGCGGUGCCCAAGGCCCUCGGCGUUGCCAUCGCCGUCGUGGCGGUGUGCGGCGACGUGGCCUUCUUCUCGGUGGGGAUAGGACCGGUGUGCUGGGUGACAAGCUCGGAGAUCUUCCCGCUCCGGUUGCGGUCGCAGGCGGCGGCGCUCGGCGCGGCGGUGAACCGAGUGACCAGCGGAGCCGUGGCCAUGUCUUUCCUGUCCGUGAGCCGAGCGUUGUCCGUCGCGGGCGCGUUCACCGUGUUCGCCGCCAUCUCGGCGCUGUCCGUGGUGUUCGUGCACAAGUUCGUGCCGGAGACGAAGGGCAAGACGUUGGAAGAGAUCGAGCUACUCUUUGGCGAGGGUGAGGCCGAGGGGGAGAGACGGGGCGAAGUGGAGCUCGGGGAUGCAGAACAUCUCGUGCGGAAAGCUUGAAGACACGUACGCCAGCCCUCUGAUGGGCAACUAUCAGAAUGUUUAGUUUCAGAAUGUGCAUUCCAUUUUGUUUAUUUAUUGGGUCCUUUAGGACAGGAAUUAUACAGUUAACAAUCGGCUCUAAUUUUAACAUUCUCACAGAACAAAAUGACAGUAGAACAGAAAUGAGAUAGUCCAUGCAGUAAUACUCCCGCCGACUCAUGCAGUAUUAGAAUUUGAAUGUAUAUAGGGGAAAUUCAAUUAGAUACUAUUCAGUGUCUAGAUAAAUCUAAAUUUAGAAAGUU